CCACGGAUAGAUUUUCCCGAGUUCCUCGUCGCGCGAGUCUUCUUAUUAAAGUGUAAAGAUGUACUUGUAAUAUCAGGAAAAAUCCUCAAAUCGGAAAAGACAGGGAGAGAGUGUGAGAGAAAUCGAACCAGUCUGCUGUUUUUUUUCCGCGUACGUUUUAAGGCCGAGUUUCCACCUUCUGGGUAUCCAAGAAACAAAAUCAACAUGCCUUUGAUCAGGUUUAAAAGGGCGGAUGCGUCCAAUGCGCCAUCUAUUCUAUCUACUACUCUUCCUACACAAUCGAAGGAUCUACUUGUGAGUCAAGAUCCAUCGAUAGCAGCAUUCGCUCCGGUAGCAGAAACCACCACAAACAUCCCCUCCACAAGCUCGACCACCUACAUCCCAUCGACUACAAAAGAGUCUACAGUGGCGAAGAUGGAAGAUGUUACCAAGGAGCUUGCAGAAGAAAUGGGAAUCCCCACCUGGGGUUUAGUCGCCAUUAUAAUAGCCGUUGGAGCAGUAGUUCUAGGAAUCUGCUUUUGCUGCGUAAGAAGAUGUUGUCGUAAGAGAAGAUCUAAGGACGGCAAAAAAGGCCUGAAGGGAGCAGUAGACCUCAAAUCCGUUCAACUACUAGGUGGCACCUACAAAGACAAGGUUCAGCCGGAUAUGGAAGAGCUUACAGACAAUGCAGAGGAGCCAGAUGAAGCCGAGAGCAAGCAGAGCGAAGUGAAACUCGGAAAACUCCAGUACAAACUCGAAUAUGACUUCAAUUCGAACAGUUUGGCUGUGACGGUCAUCCAAGCUGAGGAACUACCAGCUUUAGACAUGGGAGGUACUUCUGAUCCUUAUGUCAAGGUUUAUCUCCUUCCGGACAAGAAGAAGAAGUUCGAGACCAAGGUCCAUAGGAAGACGUUAAAUCCAGUUUUCAAUGAAACUUUUACGUUCAAGAGCGUGCCAUAUGCUGAUGCGAUGAACAAGACUUUGGUUUUCGCCAUCUUCGAUUUCGACAGAUUUUCCAAGCACGACCAAAUCGGUGAGGUUAAAGUACCACUCUGUCAGAUCGAUCUUGCUCAAACUAUUGAGGAAUGGCGAGAAUUGCAGAGCGUUGAGGGUGAAGGUGGACAGGACAACAAACUUGGUGACAUCUGUUUCUCCUUGCGAUACGUGCCUACUGCUGGCAAGCUAACUGUGGUCAUUCUGGAGGCAAAGAACCUGAAGAAAAUGGACGUCGGUGGUCUUUCUGACCCUUACGUGAAGAUUGCUUUGAUGCAGAAUGGAAAGAGGCUAAAGAAGAAGAAGACUUCCAUAAAGAAAUGUACACUCAAUCCAUACUACAACGAAUCCUUCACAUUCGAGGUUCCCUUUGAACAGAUACAGAAAGUGCAAUUGGUGGUAACGGUAGUGGACUAUGAUCGUAUUGGCACAUCAGAGCCAAUAGGCAAAGUUAUUCUUGGUUACAACGCGAGCGGAACAGAACUGAGACAUUGGUCAGAUAUGUUAGCGUCUCCAAGGCGUCCUAUUGCCCAGUGGCAUACGCUUAAAGAUCCCGAAGAUGGAGAUAAGAAAGAUUAAAGAGACUCUACUACAUUCUAAGGCGAGAUCGUGAAUGAAAAUCCACGGAGAG